AUGCGUGUCUUCCCUAUCCCACCCCCUUCGUUCCUUUCCUUGCAGCACCGUGUCUUCCUCUUUGAGGUUUCUUGGCCACGGGAAGAAGAGACAACUGCCAAGUUUGAGGUCGCCGUCUCUAACCGAUCCGAUCCUUCAGCCCCAUCAGCUCGAUCGUCAACCAGGAAGCAAUAUGAAAACUGCGUAAGUUGCCCUAGAUGUGGUUUGUCACGGUGGAAGCUAAACAAAAACAAGGUUGAGAAGAAAGGUGUUCUUGCUAAGGUGGUUUGGUAUUUCCCUCCCAUUCCAAGAUUUAAGUGCAUGUUUAAAUCUUUAGAGACCUCGAGAAAUUUAACAUGGCAUGCAGAUUCUACAAGAGUUGUUGGUCAGUUACGCCAUCCAGUUGAUUCACCAUCAUGGAAGUUGGUGGAUCAUAUGUGGCCUGACUUUGAAAGUGAGCCAAGAAAUCUUCGCCUAGCACUUGCAGCUGAUGACAUUAAUCCUCAUAGCAACCUUAGCAGUCGGUACAGCUGUUGGCCAAUCAUGUUGGUCAACUAUAAUUUACCUCCAAAUAUGUGUAUGAAGAGGAAAUACAUCAUGCUAACUAUGCUCAUUUCAAGGCCUAAGCAGUCUAGAAAUGAUAUUGAUGUCUAUCUGGAGGUGUUAGUUGAAGAUUUGCAACGAUUGUGGGAAGGAGUUGAUGGAGUCUAUGAUGCUUAUCGCAGACAGUUCUUCAUUCUUAAAGCAGUCUUAUUAUGGACCAUCAAUGACUUUCCUGCAUAUGGUAACCUUAGUGGAUGUACUACACAUGGUUAUUAUGCGUGUCUAGUAUGCGGAGAAGAUACUUAUGCAAGACACUUGGAAAAUGGGAAGAAAAUGUCAUUUGCUGGCCAUAGAAGAUUCCUAUCACGAUUUCAUCCAUAUCGUAGGCAAAUGAAGGAGUUUAAUGGCAUGGAGGAACUUGGAGAAGCAGCUAGACCAUUAUCUGGGAUUAAGUUGUUUGACAAACUUUCUGACAUAAGGUGUGAGUUUGGAAAGAAGAUAAGUGUGAAAGGGAAAAUAAAGAAUGCAAAGGCUAAUAAGUUGGAAGUCAAUAUAGAAGAAAAAGAUUUAGGAGAAAAAACCAAGGAUAAUGUGGCAGCUAGGUUGGACAUAGUUGAGAUGGGAAUUAGGCCUGAAUUAACACCUAUAGUUGAGGAGAAAAGAACAUAUCUUCCUCUUGCUACGUGCUCAUUCACAAAAAAAGAAAAGUUGCAAGUGUGCAAGUCAUUAAAGGAUAUAAAAGUUCCAGAAGGUUUCUCUUCGAACAUGAAUAAUAUUGUGUGCAUGGAUCAGUUGAAGUUGACUUGCUUGAAAUCCCAUGAUUGUCAUGUUUUAAUGCAGCAUUUCUUGCCAAUAGUCAUACGUGAUGCACUGCCAAAACAUGUUAGAUAUGCCAUCAUAAGAUUAUGCUUCUUCUUCAAAGAUAUUUGUUGCAAGGUUAUAGAUGUAGCCAAGUUAGAUAAGUUGCAAUCUGACUUGGUUGUUACACUCUGCUUAUUGGAGCAAUAUUUUCCCCCAUCUUUCUUGGAUAUCAUGCUUUACUUAACUGCCCAUCUUGUUCGAGAAGUCCGAUUAUGUGGACCAGUUUACUUCAGAUGGAUGUAUCCAUUUGAAAGAUGCAUGAAGGUUCUUAAGAGUUAUGUGGGCAGUCGAAAACAUCCUGAAGGUUGCAUUGUUCAGAGAUAUUUAGCAGAAAAAGCAAUUGAGUUUUGUUCAGAAUACCUUAAUGGUGUUGAUCCUAUUGGAGCCCCUCAAUCAAUUCGAGACUCAAAAGCAAAUUUUUUUGACUUGCAAGCAUGCAACACACCAAUUAUAGUGCAACAAGUUGAUCUGCAACAAGCACAUUUGACUGUGCUAGAAAAUAUGGAAGAAAAAGAUGAAAGGUGGAUACAAGAUGCUCACAACAAGAGGUUUAUUGAUUGGUUUCGCACAAAGGUGGCUGCUGAAAUUGACAGUUACAAUGGUGGAACAACAUCGACAUUAACAUGGUUGGCCCAUGGACCGCGUGUGCAAAUCCUUAAGUAUAAUAGUUAUGUGAUAAAUGGUAAUUUAUACCAAACAAAGGCGCGGGAUGAUGAUAGAGUUUGCCAAAACAGUGGGGUUUCUUUAGUUGCCAACACCAUACUUGUAUGUAGUGCUAAAGAUAAGAAUCCCUUGUUAGCUGAUGUGUCUUUCUAUGGAGUGAUUGAAGAAAUAUGGGAAUUAGACUAUCAUCAAUUUCAUAUUCCUCUUUUCAAGUGUGCGUGGGUUGCAAAUGACAAAGGAAUAAUCAACAACGAUGAAUGUGGCUUCACCUUAGUCAAUUUAAACAAACGAGGACACAAGAAUGACAAAUUUGUGCUUACAAGUCAAGUCAACCAAGUCUUUUAUAUUGAUGACCCAUUAAAAAAGGGGUGGUCAAUUGUGCUUCCAGUUCCAAAUAGAUGUUAUGAGGAAGAUGAUGAUGAUUGGAGCAGUAUUCCAGAUUCUCGACCAAUUGAUGAUGUUAAUACUCAUUGUACUAUUCCUGCACAUGAAAGAUAUUUUAGAUCAGAAAUUGAGGGUGGAGUAGCAGUUGAGGAGAUACAUGAAGUAGCCGAUGCUGAGCUACAUGGAGUAGCCGAUGCGGAGCUACAUGGAGUUACUGAUAGAGAAGAACAUUCUGUAGAUGUGUAG